CGAGGGCAACACUCGACUUGGGCUGCGGGCUGACGUCAAUCGUUAAUUUAAUGGCCGAAAUCCUUAGCACCGGUUGGAGUUUUAUUGUAACGUUCAAACCGAUCAACAUGAAUCGUCAAACACAAAAACCGUUUUAAAACAGUUAACAACCUAAUCGGAAGUCAACAUGUAUUUGUAUAACAUGACGCUGCAACGUGGUAGUGGCAUUACGCAUGCUAUCCAUGGAAAUUUCAGUGGAGGAAAAGCCCAAGAGAUUUUAGUAUCCCGUGGUAAAUCCUUGGAGCUCUUAAAACCAGAUACAAAUACUGGCAAAGUUCAUACUCUACUUACAGUUGAAGUUUUUGGAGUUAUAAGAUCAUUAAUGAGUUUCAGACAAUCUGGAGGCACAAAAGAUUACAUAGUGGUUGGUUCCGACUCUGGGCGAAUUGUUAUAUUGGAGUAUUUACCUUCAAAAAAUGUACUAGAUAAAGUUCAUCAAGAAACUUUUGGUAAAAGCGGAUGUAGACGUAUUGUACCUGGACAGUAUUUGGCAAUUGAUCCAAAGGGAAGAGCAAUAAUGAUAGGCGCUGUUGAAAAACAAAAGUUAGUAUAUAUUCCUAACAGGGACUCUGAAGCUCGUUUAACUAUAUCAUCACCAUUAGAAGCAAAUAAAAGUAACACUCUGGUUUACCAUAUGGUUGGAAUUGAUGUAGCUUUCGAUAAUCCAAUUUUUGCAUGUCUUGAAAUUGACUAUGAAGAAUCUGACUCUGAUCCUACUGGUGAAGCAGUCCAAAAUACUAGACAAACUCUCACUUUUUACGAAGUCGAUUUUGGAUUAAAUCAUGUAGUUCGUAAAUACAGUGAGCCUUUGGAAGAACACGCAAAUUCUCUUAUUUCCGUUCCUGGUGACAAAGAUGGUCCUGGCGGAGUACUAAUUUGUUCGGAAAAUUACAUCACAUAUAAAAAUCAAGGCGAGCAGCCAGAUAUUCGUUGCCCAAUACCUCGUAGACGUAACGACUUGGAUGAUCCAGAUCGAGGGAUGAUUUUAGUUUGUAGUGCAACUCACAAAACUAAAUCCAUGUUUUUUUUCUUAGUACAGACUGAACAAGGAGAUGUUUUUAAAGUUACACUAGAGUCGGGCGAAGAUUAUGUUACAGAAAUUAGACUUAAAUACUUUGAUACUGUCCCAGUAGCUUCAGCUAUGUGUGUUCUAAAAACUGGUUUUUUGUUUGUUGCAUCAGAGUUUGGAAAUCACUAUCUUUACCAAAUAGCUAAUUUAGGGGAUGACGAUGACGAACCAGAAUUCAGUUCGGCUAUGCCUCUAGAAGAAGGAGACACAUUUUUUUUCGCCCCUAGACAAAUUAGAAACUUAGUGUUGGUCGAUGAAAUGGACUCUUUAUCUCCAAUAAUGGCUUGCCAAGUUGCCGAUUUAGCUGCGGAAGACACUCCUCAGUUAUACAUGGCAUGUGGAAGAGGUUCUAGGUCAACUCUUAGAGUAUUAAGGCACGGUCUUGAAGUAUCUGAAAUGGCUGUGUCCGAGUUGCCGGGAAAUCCAAUUGCUGUAUGGACCGUAAAACGUAGAGCGGAUGAAUUGUAUGAUUCAUAUAUCAUUGUAUCUUUCUCAAAUGCUACCUUAGUGUUGUCUAUUGGAGAAACUGUGGAAGAAGUUUCAGAUUCCGGAUUUUUGGGAACAACUCCAACACUUUCUUGUUCACCGUUAGGUGAUGACGCUGUGGUUCAAAUCUAUCCCAGUGGUGUUCGUCACAUACGUUAUGACAAACGCAUGCAUGACUGGAAAGCUCCAGAAAAAAGAAAAAUAAUGAAAUGUGCAGUGAAUCAACGUCAAGUAGUAAUCGCCUUGGGCGGAGGAGAACUGGUGUAUUUUGAAAUGGAUCCAACUGGUCAUUUAAAUGAACAUAAAGAUCGUAAGGAGAUGCACUCUGAUGUACUAUGUAUGGCAUUGGCCAAUGCACCUUCUGGAGAACAGAUGUCUCGAUUUUUGGCAGUUGGACUAUCAGAUGAAACAGUCCGAAUCAUAUCGUUAGAUACAACAGAUUGCCUGGUACAGUUGAAAAUGCAAGCGAUACCCGCCAUGCCUGAAUCCUUGUGUAUUGUAGAAAUGGGUGCUGGCGAUGGUGGCUCAGCAGAUGAACCUGGAAUGAACUCAUUAUCAAUAUUAUAUUUAAACAUAGGCUUACAGAACGGAGUGUUGCUACGUACGGUCUUAGACUCUGUCACUGGUGAAAUGGCUGAUACCCGAGCUCGUUAUUUGGGUGGAAAACCAGUCAAGCUAUUCAAAAUAAAAAUGCGAGGAAACGAUGCUGUACUCGCUAUGUCUAGUAGAUCUUGGUUAAGUUAUUACUACCAAAAUCGUUUUCAUCUUACACCCUUAUCGUAUGAAAAUUUAGAAUACGCUUCUGGGUUUUCUUCGGAACAGUGCCCUGAAGGUAUUGUUGCAAUAUCCAGUAAUACUCUACGUAUAUUGGCCCUAGAAAAGCUUGGUGCCGUUUUCAAUCAAAUAUCGUUUCCGGUUGAGUACACACCAAGAAAAUUUGUCAUACAUCGAGAUUCUGCUCAUAUGAUAGUGGUAGAAACUGAGCACAAUGCGUACACAGAGCAAACUAAAAAACAGAGACGAACACAAAUGGCAGAUGAAAUGCAAGAAGCUGCUGGAGAAGAUGAACAAGAAUUAGCCAAGGAAAUGGCUGAAGCGUUUUUAAAUGAAGAUCUACCUGAACAGAUUUUUGGAGCUCCAAAAGCAGGUUCUGGGAUGUGGGCUUCGCUUGUACGAUUAUUCAAUCCGGUACAAGGGGUGACCGAAGCUGUUUAUAGAUUUCCCCAAAAUGAAGCUGUGAUGAGUGUUGCCUUAGUAAAGUUUUCAAGUUACCCUGAUUCACAAUUUGUUCUAUUUGGUGUGGCUAAUGAACUCCAUUUAAACCCCAGGCACGUGACUUGUGGCUAUAUAUACACUUACAAAAUAAAUUUAGCUUGUACAUCUUUAGAGUUGAUGCAUAAAACUACCGUUGAUAAUGUUCCAACAGCUAUUUGCGGUUUCCAAGGGCGUGUAUUAAUUGGCGUUGGUCGUAUACUACGUCUCUACGACAUUGGCAAGAAAAAAUUAUUGCGAAAAUGUGAAAACAGACAAAUACCGUUAUUAAUUGUUGGAAUUCGAGUAAUGGGCUAUAGAAUAUAUGUCAGUGAUGUUCAAGAGAGUGUUUAUAUGGUUCGAUAUAAGCGAGGUGAAAAUCAACUGAUAAUCUUUGCAGAUGAUACACAACCUCGCUAUGUUACUGCUAUGGAAAUACUGGAUUACAAUACUAUAGCAACAGCUGAUAAAUUUGGAAAUAUAUCGGUGAUAAGAAUCGCCUCAUCAAUAUCUGAUGAGGUAGACGAUGACCCAACAGGUAAUAAAAGUCUGUGGGAUCGUGGAUUACUAAACGGUGCCUCUCAAAAAGCAGAUUUUAUUAUCAAUUUUCACAUAGGAGAAAUCUGUACUUCAUUACAAAAAGCAACACUUAUACCAGGUGGUUCAGAAUCUCUGGUGUAUGCUACAAUCACCGGUACAAUAGGCGUAUUAGUUCCAUUCACCGCCCACGAAGAACAAGACUUUUUCCAACAUCUUGAAAUGCACAUGCGUUCAGAAAACCCUCCUCUAUGUGGACGUGAUCACUUAUCAUACAGAUCUUCCUGUUUUCCAGUCAAAAAUGUAUGUGAUGGAGAUUUGUGUGAACAGUAUAAUUCUAUUGAUGUUAAUAAACAGAAAAGCAUCGCUGCCGAUCUUGACAAAACACCAGCUGAAGUAUCCAAAAGACUUGAAGACAUCAGGACGAGAUACGCAUUUUAAAUUGUAAAUUCUUUUGUAUUAUAUUUCUACUGUUGUUUAUAUAUUUUUUUAUACCUCAACAUAAAUUAAAUAGUUUAUAAAAAUGAAAAUAAUUUUACUCAAAUUAUAUAUGAUAAUUUUCUUAUAAGUUCCUUUUUUUAAAUUUAUUGAUUAGAAAUUGCUUAUUCAAUUUAACGAUAAAAAUUACGAAAUUAGCAUAUUUAAUGUUUAUAUAUUGAAAUAGCUAACUAAUUACUGACAUAGUGACUUUCACUAUUAUGUUUUUAUAUUUAUUUAUUAUAUAUGUAAUAGUAAGUAGUAAUCGCACUAAUAAAAUGAUUUACAUUCAGAA